UGUUAUGCCUCCUCCACGUCUUAUUGGGAGUGCUAGGGCGAGCGCCAGAGGCAACUCAAAUGUUCCGCCUCUCAAUCUCCCGACAGAUAAAGAUGAUGUAGACUACCCCCAAAAAUCCCAACCUGUCGUUUGGGACAUAAACCUGAACACGCCUGAUACUUCGUCCACUGUGAGUUGGGGAGUUUCGGCAAAUAGGAGUGUUCCCAGAAAUAUGGUUUCUUCUCACAGGGGAAUGCCACCGACACCAAAAGCAGCUCUACUCGAAAAAGAAAUUGGGUCGCCUCAAGCACCAACUGGCAGAAAUGAUUCGGCCUCUGACAAGAUGGUGUUUGUGGAAUCAGGAAAUCUGGCCAGUCGAGAAUUUUUAGACAAGCAUGAUGACCUGUACUGGAAAAACAAGGCGGUGCUUUUUGAAGCAAUAUUGGUGGACCAGCUGACCCGUUCUGUGCUCUGCGACCCGGCUCAAGAUGUGUCCCGCGCAUCCAGCAGACCCUUUUCUUCCCGGGUAAGAAUGAGUGCCAAUGCACGGGGAGACAGCACUCCCAUUAAUCUACAUCAGACUCUAGUGAACCCCACUAAUAAAACAGUGAAUGAAGCUGUGCUGGAUAAGAGGAUCCAGUUUGACGCGAGAGUGAUAUGCAGAGAUGGGAGUAUUGCUCUGAAGGAGCUGUCCGGCAUUUUCUUCCAAUACGACAACUCAAUCGUAGUGUACGAAUUGAAACUAUUCGGCAAACAUCGUUCGACUUCACUGCCCUUCAUAGAGAGAAGCAAUUACGUCAACAUAUCCCGAGUGCCAAACGGUAAUUCAGACUCUUUAAAACAUGUAUACGGAGUACAUGAUAUAACACCUGGAUUUGAUCUCGUUUUCAUGACAUCGGAGCAAAACUGCCUCCCGCCUGCGCUGAGACAGAACAGACAUUGCGUAGUGCUGCGUAUUACAGCCAUAGACGAAACAGCAAAAUUUGCUAUUUUGAAAUCAUUAGCUAUUGGUGACUAUAAACAGGUUCUGUGUAAACAGAUGUCAAUUGACGAGAGGAAAAGUUACCGAGACCUUUUGAAAUUGCAAAAGAGAAAUCAAGAGUUUAUUGCAGAACAGAACAAACCUCUGAGUGUGAUGAAAGGUAUGGUGGCGUUUUGCAACAGAGGUACAGGAUACUUCGCCAAAGAUUUCUACCAGAACGUCGUUAUGGACUACGAAUUUCUACUAAACUCUGAGGAAAUGGAUGUUGUAUGGAAUGCCCUGCGAGACAAAACUUUUAAUGAAGAAGUCCAUUUCGAGCAUUUUUUCAACGCUUUUCUCGGAACAUUUUUUGAAGACGAAGCCGAUCUUGUCAAACAAGUAAUGCGUAAACUGGACCCAACUAGAACUGGCUAUGCAAUUCCAGAUAAUUUUUUGAAGUUUCACAAGCCAGCGAGAACCAACGACUUGUAUCGAUUGCUUCAAAGGUUGGAACUACCAGAUGUGAAAGAGCAUUUUUCAGGUCGAAAUGGAAGAAUUUCAGAAGAUAUAACCUGGGGAGCAUUUAACGAUUAUUAUUUUGUAGUUUAUGCGUGCCUUAAAGAUGUAAAAAUGUUUGCUAAGCUAAUAUCUGAAACCUGGGGAGUUAUGAGAGAUUAGAUUGUAAAUUCGUGUGCACAGAAGAUUUAUGUGUAAAUAUGUUUAAGUGUAAAAUAUCUAUCCUUAGUUUAAACCUUUUGGUAGUGAUGAUAAUUUUCUAUACAAAUUUGUUCAAAAUUUA